CAUGAAUACGUACCUAAUCUAGACACUUUCGUAAACUUUGGCUUAACAUCAACAUGCUCAUAGUCUUGUCCGUCGGGCAAAAAAUGAGUCUAUUUUCAACAUGACUCGACGUGAGACUUUAAUUGCCCGCUCCAUAGUUUAUGCCAUAUCAACGGCGAAAAAGGAUGGCAGACCUGCUCGGAAACCUUCUCUCUUAAGAAGUGCUCUUCGCCUCUUCUAUAUGUAUUGGCUAUCCUUCCGACUGGUACGGGAAGAUCUGUUCAAGCCGCUGCGUGGCGUAUGGAUGAUUAACGAGGACAGCUAUAAAGCCAGCUUUAAUGCUAGGAAACAGAUCGACAAGAAGAAUAAAGGUGUUCUAAUACCAAUGGGUGAUAUGGGUUACAGUGGCUCGACAUUCUUCCGCACUAAUGACGGUGCCUAUCUGGUGAAAUCAGUUCCUCGACACUUUGAGCAUGACUUCUUCAAGAAUGAUAUGCUCAUACCUUACACCGAUCAUAUGCGCGCCAACCGCUCUAGUCUACUGGUGCGCAUGACCAACUUUCUCGAGAGCACCCACAAGACUAUAGGUACGCUGUUAGGCCUCGCGCCAAGCCAUCACAUCGUCAUGGAAAACAUCUUGUACGGACAAGACCAAGAGCCUCAGGAUGGCCCAAAAUCGAAAUGGGAGUCGUGGGAUCUGAAACCUACCUCCUAUUUCUUCCCCGAGAGAGAUAUCGCCGGAGGAACAUUAGCUUCCGAGACUACCAAGUCCAAGCUUCCCGAUGAAUUCAGCGACAAGAUCCGGCUCUCCGAAGCACAGGCUACCGAAUUUGAACGUCAGAUAGAAAAUGACACCCUACUUCUUGCGAACUGCAACGCUGUCGAUUAUUCACUCUUUCUCGUUCGGAUAUCUGCAUUAGACGCUCCGACGGUCGAAUCGGAACCCUUAAUCCAGUUGGAAGAGGCCGGCGAUGAAUCCAUCCCGCCUGUCCAGCCACCUUUUACCCCACCAAAUCCACCGAGCUGGAGGACGGGUGUCGUAUCGAGCGACGGUAGAGAGAUUUAUAGAGCUUCCAUCCUGGAUUUCUUCUGGGCUAAGCACACAAUCCAUGCAAAGGCAAUGACUACGUUAGUCCGAGGCUAUAACCUCAUUGACGACCAAGGGCCGAUGAGCAUCACCACGGAUAGCGAGGAGUACCGAAGCAGGUUUUUAGAUAUGUGCAAGGAGCUCGUGGAAGUCCAAGUAUAAUGUUUAAGCAGUCAUUUCUAGAGUUGGUUUACUAUAUACGAUGGCGUUAUAUACAGAGAGGAACUUGGUUAUCAGAUUCUUUUUCCUUGGAGCUGGGCGGGCAUAACAGAUACCCCUAUGUAUAUAUCUAUUGCUUCUCUAUUGCUAUGGUCGUUAGUAAUCUCAUAAGGCUCUCACCGUCCGCAAUUUCUUAUCAUGCUCUCCUUUUAUGCUUGCAUAAAUGUCCUUUUGUUGCUUAAAGGAGAUGACGGAAAAUGAAGCAUGAGAGUACCUCCUCGAUUUAGAUUGAAUCAUGAAAAGAAGCAAGAUGCCUUAACAAAGACGCAUUGUUAUAUUAUAAUUCAAUUAUUCUUGCGAGGCCCCUUUGUUCGUCGAGCCAUCUGUGUCAAUAUAUAAAAGGUAUCUUCCAC